GAUCAUGCCUCGGAAUCAGAAUUGGAAGGUGAUGCAAAUAUAGCUGAAAAUGAAAAUAAUCAGAACGAAGAAAGCGAUAGUGGAGGUAGAGAAGAAAAUGGAAGUCAAGAAAGUGUACAAAAGUACAAAUAGAGAAAGACGACCACAACACAACAUAGUCUUGCAGUUACCUGCUUUGCCACAGACAACAAGAAACAUAGGCGAUUCUGUUGAUCCCUUAUCGGUUUGGAAGUUUUAUUCAAUGAUGAUUUGUGUGCUAGAAUUCUAAAAUGGUCGAAUGUCAGAAUAGGGAGAGAUAGGGCCAAGAAUAAAAUACAAACUUCUCCAACACUCAGGGAUCUUGACAUGACGUCCCUUUUCAAAUCAAAUACUCG